UUUCACCGCUGCCACAGCAACUUCUAGUCGUUCGUGUCUGCCUGUCGCGUUGUUUUUCGCUGGACCAGCUGUUUUCGAUUUAUAUAAUUUCAAUUUUCACCGUGAAAAAGUGCUCUCGAGUAUUCGGAAAUAGUGUAAAAGUGUCACCCAGGGAGCCCGACAAUGGCGGCACCAAUUGAAAUACCGCUCCGGGACACGGAUGAGGUUAUCGAAUUGGAUCCGGAACAACUACCGGACGGUGAAGAAGUGUUGGGAAUUCUGCGUCAGGAGCGGUCUCAAUUGAAUACCUGGGUCACUGUUGCGCUUGCAUAUUACAAGCAAGUUAAGACCGAUGACUUCAUCAAAAUCUUGGAAGCGUCUCGCAUCGACGCCAAUAUUACCUAUCGAGAUUUCGAGAAGGACCAGAUGCGAGCGUACGAUAUGUUGGCGGCGUACUAUGUACAGGAAGCGAACCGGGAAAAGUCAAAGGACAAAAAGAGGGAACUAUUCAUGAAGGCCACCCAUCUGUACACUACGGCCGAUAAGAUCAUCAUGUAUGACCAAAAUCAUCUCUUGGGUCGGGCCUAUUUUUGUUUACUGGAAGGGGACAAAAUGGAGCAAGCUGAUGCACAGUUCAAUUUUGUGCUGAAUCAAUCGCCUUCAAAUAUUCCGUCGCUGUUGGGUAAGGCUUGCAUUGCAUUUAACAAGAAAGAUUACCGUGGAGCGUUGGCUUUUUACAAGAAAGCCCUACGAACUAAUCCGAACUGUCCGGCUGCUGUACGACUUGGUAUGGGGCAUUGCUUCCUGAAGAUGAACAAUCAGGAAAAGGCAAAAUUGGCAUUUCAAAGAGCCUUGGAUUUGGAUCCGCAAUGUGUCGGAGCUCUGGUUGGUUUGGCUAUACUGAAACUCAACUUGCAUGAACCCGAAUCCAAUCGACUUGGUGUUCAAAUGCUUUCCAAGGCUUACACAAUCGACUCUACUAAUCCGAUGGUUCUAAAUCAUCUGGCCAAUCAUUUCUUUUUCAAGAAAGAUUAUCAAAAAGUACAACAUCUCGCACUGCAUGCCUUUCACAAUACAGAAAAUGAAGCAAUGCGAGCGGAGAGUUGUUAUCAGUUGGCAAGAGCAUUCCACGUCCAGCAGGAUUAUGAUCAAGCUUUUCAGUACUACUAUCAAUCGACACAGUUUGCUCCGGUUAACUUUGUCCUGCCGCAUUUUGGUUUAGGUCAAAUGUACAUAUAUAGAGGGGACUCGGAAAAUGCUGCUCAAUGCUUCGAGAAGGUCCUGAAAGCCCAACCGGGUAACUAUGAAACUAUGAAGAUUCUUGGUUCUCUGUAUGCUAGCUCAUCAUCUCAGUCAAAGCGGGACAUCGCCAAGAGUCAUCUGAAGAAAGUUACGGAACAGUUUCCGGACGAUGUUGAGGCUUGGAUUGAGUUAGCCCAGAUAUUGGAGCAAAAUGAUUUACAGGGAUCGCUACAAGCUUACGCCACAGCAACACACAUUUUAACGGAUAAAGUUAAAGCUGACAUCCCGCCGGAAAUUUUAAACAACGUAGCCGCACUUCACUAUCGUCUCGGCAAUUUAAAUGAAGCAAUGAGCAAAUUGGAGUUUGCGAUCGACCGUGCUAAAACGGAAGCUCAACACGAUUCGCAGUAUUACGAUUCUAUUUCGGUGACAAUGACGUAUAACUUGGCGAGGUUGAACGAGGCGAUGGCCUCGUUCGAUAAGGCCGACAAAUUGUACAAGGAUAUUUUGAAAGAGCAUCCAAACUACAUCGAUUGCUAUUUACGGCUGGGUUGUAUGGCACGAGACAAAGGUUUGAUUUUCGUGGCGUCCGAUUUCUUCAAGGAUGCCCUAAAGAUUAACAUGGAGAAUCCGGACACCCGUUCGCUGCUCGGUAAUUUGCAUUUAGCAAAGAUGCAGUGGACGCUGGGUCAGAAGAAUUUCGAAACUAUCCUGAAGAAUCCAGCCACUUCCAGCGAUGCGUACUCGUUGAUUGCAUUGGGCAACUUUUGGCUGCAGAGUUUGCACCAGCCUAGCAAGGAUAAGGAAAAGGAGAAAAAACAUCAGGAGAAGGCGCUGGCCAUCUACAAGCAGGUGCUGAGGAACGAUCCAAAAAAUAUUUGGGCCGCCAAUGGAAUUGGAGCGGUGCUGGCUCACAAGGGCUGCAUCAUCGAGGCGCGUGAUAUAUUUGCGCAGGUUCGCGAAGCCACAGCGGAUUUCUGCGAUGUCUGGUUGAACAUUGCACACAUCUACGUGGAACAGAAGCAGUACAUCAGCGCAAUCCAGAUGUACGAAAACUGUCUGAAGAAGUUCUACAAGCACAACAACGUCGACGUGAUGCAGUAUCUGGCACGAGCAUAUUUCCGCGCCGGUAAAUUGAAGGAAGCCAAGAUGACACUGCUUAAAGCACGUCGUGUUGCUCCCCAAGACACCGUGCUGCUGUUCAAUAUUGCACUGGUUUUGCAACGUCUGGCCAUGGUAGUUCUGCGGGAUGAGAAAUCCAUUCUGAGUGUUGUCCUGCAAGCGGUACACGAGCUGGGAUUGGCUCACAAAUAUUUCAACUAUCUGUCCAUUCAUGGCGACAAAACGAGGUAUAACAUCGCACUAGCUGCGACUGAGGCCAGCCAGUGUCAGGAUCUGUUGCAACAAGCUCAGUACCACGUUUCUCGGGCCAGGAAAAUUGACGAGGAAGAUCGUGUGCUCCGCCAGAAGCAGGAACUGGAACGGGAAGAAUUCAAACGGCGUCAAAUGGAGGAAAGGUUGCGGAUGGAAGAGAUGCGUCGCAAGGCUCACGAGGAGAUGCUUGUCAAGCGGCAGGAAUACAAGGAGAAGACGAAAAAUGCCUUGUUCUUUGUCGAAUCGGGACCCGACCCAAAGAAAAAGGGUGGCCGUGGUCGCAAAGAUUACAUUUCCGAUUCGGAUGCUUCUGGUCCCGGUGGAAGUGGAGAGGAAGGUGGUCCGUCGAAGGAACGGAAGCGAAAGGAACCCGGAGAAAAGAAAAAGCGCAAACCCGGUGCCGGGCGUAAGAAGAAGGGCAAAGCUCCUAGAGGAUCAGGUUCGGAGAGCGAGGAGGAUUCGGCGCCGAAAAAGCGUGGUCGCAAGAAGGGCUCUUUAGGAUCUAAGAAGAUGAAGAAAAUGGAAGAAGGUCUUUCGCAGAAGCAGAAAUCGAGAAUUGUUUCCAAGGCCACCGUUUCGACAAGUGAAUCCGAUAGCGAUAGAAGCCGGCUCAAAAUUGCAAGCGGUGACGAUUCAGGUUCCGGUAAUAGUGGCCCGAACGCAAAGCGUAAGCGUGUUAUCGCUUCUGGAUCGGAGAGUGGCUCGGACAGAUCUCGGUCCCGUUCUCGUUCCAAGUCCGGUAGCCGUAGCCGGAGUGGUUCGCGUUCGGUUUCUAGAUCUAGAUCGAAAUCGGGUAGUCGAUCACGAUCUAAAUCUGGCAGCCGUUCUCGGUCAGGUUCCAGACGGUCAAAGUCAGGCAGUCGCUCGAGAUCGGGAAGUCGCUCGGGGUCAGGUUCGAGAUCGGGAUCUGGCAGCCGGCAAGCAUCUCCUAUAUCUAGAAAAUCCGUAUCAGGAUCUGGAUCAGAUUAAAGCCAUGUCAGUUAUAUUGUCUGUUCAAAAGUACACGAUUUCUUGGCUGCUAUUAGAUUAGAGUUAAGGUUAUAAUCUUCUGCGCCUGUUAAUAAAAGCAAUCGUGUUCAGAAGAAUUCGACAUUAGAAAGUAUGGUUAUUUUAUUCCUUUUGAAAUUGAUUAAAUUGCAAACAUAAAUUAGGUAUAAGAUAUUAACAGCAUACAUAUGUGAAAAUAUGGAAAUAAAUGUUUUUGUUUAGUGCCCUUCACUG